UUUGCUGUGGCUGCCGCACAGUUGCACACAGUGGUGCGGUGUUGCUGCGUGGUGCGGUGUUGUGCUGUGCGUGUCAUGAUAUUUGUCCUGUAUGGGCUGUGCAGGGAGUUGUGCGGUGGGAGGACAGACAGCCGGACACAGCAAGAGGACAAUGCAUCUGACCGAGCCUGCAUCAGCGGAGCGUCAUGUAUUCCAAGAGAAAGCACUGAAGAAAAAGAAAGCUUGUGCAGCUUGUAAUGAGCCCGUUGUGUCUCAGGGAAGUGUCUGCAGAGUGUGCAAGAUCGCCAGUCACAAGAAAUGUGAAGGGAAGGUUCCAAUUGGUUGUUCCUCCCCUCCUCCAGCUGAUAUGAGGCGAAGAACAGCCCCAGGACCUACCAUCCAGCACAUGGGCUCCAACAAAUCUCUUAAAAUCAAACAGCGGAGUUCCCUGCCAAGGAACUUCAGCUUGGAUCAAGUGAUCCAGCGGAGCUAUGACUUGGACCUGACAUACAUAACCGAGCGGAUCAUUAGCGUAUUCUUCCCCACUAACCUGGAGGAGCAGCGCUACCGCAGCAACCUGAGAGAGGUGGCAAGCAUGCUGAGAUCCAAACAUGAUGAUAAAUAUCUGCUUUUUAACUUAUCUAGGAAGAGACAUGAUAUCACCAGACUCAACCCCAAGGUCCAGGACUUUUACUGGCCAGAUUGUCACGCUCCUCCACUGGACAUAAUCUGUUCCAUCUGUAAGGCAAUGGAGGCCUGGCUGAAUUCCGACCCACAACAUGUGGUUGUCCUACACUGCAAGGGAAAUCAAGGGAAGACUGGAGUGGUCAUUGCUUCCUACAUGCACUACAGCAAGGUGUCAGCUAGUGUGGAUCAGGCUCUCAGCACUCUUGCCAUGAGAAAGUUUUGUGAAGAUAAAGUAUCCAUGUCCCUGCAUCCAUCCCAACGCAGGUAUAUAAAUUAUUUUGGAGGUUUGCUGUCCGGGAAUAUAAAGAUUAGCAGCGACAUGUUGUCCCUGCAGUGCAUUCUUCUGCCUGUCAUUCCUGCCCUGCAGACUGAAGAAGGAUUUUGUCCUUUUUUGAAGAUAUACCAGUCCAUGCAGCUUGUCUACACAUCUGGCAUCUAUUCAAGUCACAGAGAUGUACCAGCCCAGAAACGCCAGCUGUGCAUUAAUUUGGAGCCGGCGCUUCUGCUAAAAGGAGACAUCAUGGUGAAAUGCUAUCAUAAACACAGCCAGCCCCACGAGAGAGAGGUUAUCUUCAGACUCCAGUUCCACACCUGCACCAUUCACAACACACACCUGUGCUUCAGCAAAGACCAGCUGGACUGCGCAUGUACAGAUGACAGGUUCCCAGAGGGCGCCACAGUGGAGUUUAUAUUUUCAUCUGGGAAUGAAAAGACAAAAGGACGUGAAAUAUUCCUCAACGACCCAGCAGUUUCAGUGGAUUAUGACAUCACCGACCCGCUGGUUCGUUACGACUCAUAUGAGAACCUCAACGUGCAUCAUGAAGACAGCCUGGAGGAUUUAAGUCACACUCGUGGUCCGUUAGAUGGCAGUCUGUAUGCACGUGUGAAGAAGAGAAGCACUCCGCUGCCAUCCAGUAAUGGGAGCCCUGAACAUCAUGGGCGCCUCUUAUCUGUCAGUAGUGACUCUGGACACUCCUCAGCUCCGACUGAGAGGCUUGAAGAAACGCCUCAAAAACCAUUACCCACUGCAGCUGAGCGAGAAGACCUGGAGAGGCUCUUGGGUGGAUUUGGAGUGAUGGUAAAGCAAGAUGUGGAGCCCCAAUAUUCCCAGGUCAUUAAGCAUGAAGAAACUGGAACCCAAAACGGAAAUCAGCAAAAUAAUCUAGAUGAAAGACCUCGCGAUUUACACAAUUUUAUUCCCAGGGAAAUUGCAAACCAGAACACUCAAGCAAAAGUGAAUGGAGAAGCAAGGCGUCCAUACUCGCCAGGAUGGUCAAGAGCAGGCGAUGAAAGAACAUCUCGGAAUUUGCCUUUGACCUCCUCGUCCUGGGAAGGGCAAAGAGAGGCUCCCUGCGAGACACAGUGGGGCACUCAAAGAGAUUGUGAGAUGGUUAUUAUGGAGGAAGAGAUUGGUCAGUUAGGAGGACUUGUUGUUUACCCAGAAAGAAGACAAUUGCUAUCUAGACAUUGCUCUUGCAGGCUGGGCUACGCUCCUCCAAACAUUGAGGGGCCACCGAGUAGAUCUUACUUCAGGCCAGAGGGCUUACUAGAUCCCAGAGGAGCUCCAGGACCUGCUGCUUCAUCACAAAACGCAAACUAUCCAGGAAUGUAUAAUGAGCAAGACAGAAGGAGGCUGUAUCGCUCACUAUCUGAGGGACCUCAACAUUAUCAUACUCAAAGCCCACCAAAACGAGGAAGCCUCAGAGAUACAAGGCCAUAUAUGCGCCAGGGACCUCCUCAUGAACCUCUUUUGCUUCCACUAUGCCCUUGCUCACAUUGCCAAAGCUCAGCUUGCUAUAGUGUACCCAACAUGUGGCCUCUGGAAGGGACCAAGAUGCCAACAAUGCAACCUUAUCACCAUGGGGAGCAUCCAUUACAUUUAGCGCAAACUUAUGGGCAGAGUGUUCAACCUAGCCAUGAUAUUCCAAACUUCCAAAUGCCCCAGGCAAAAAUGCAUUAUGGGUAUCCUACACCACACGGGGAAGAUGCAUUGCAUUUUGGCCAAUUUGCAGAGGGUGGCUAUGGACCUAAUUACCCACAUUUCCUGCACCCUUCCUACCUCCCAAACCACUGCACUCCCAGUUACAACACCCCCUCAUUUCCAACGUGUGUGUCGCCUUACAGUCUCCCCGGUGGUCAUUCUUCACCCGGCUCUGUGUCCCCUGUUGCUCCUAUGAAUACUGCUUCUCGAAGAAUGAGUGAUGACACCAUUUCUGCUGGCAGCACUGGUGAACAGACUCCUCCUCAUCAUCCAAACCAAGAACUUGGGAUCAACGACCAACAAGCAGACAAUCCAUCGUCUCAGCCACAGGCUCACAGAGAGGCCAUGCCCAUCAUCAGCACAGCAGCCAUCAUCCAAACAAACUCAGUUGCGCAGGGUUCCCUUUGUAUAAAUUCUCAUAGCCCAGGACACACCAACAGUUCACCAUAUGCUAAUGGUUUGGGGCGUGCCCGUAGUCCAGUGCAAACAGAUGGCUAUGUGUACCCACAAAACCCUAUACACACAAGUACCCCCAUAAACACUUACAGCCAGACACAGCAUAACAAUGUGCACACGCAGCAUGCGGCUAAUCAGAGACCGUCUGUACAAGCUGACUGCCCAGCUGGAAAACACACUCCAUCUUCACAAUACAGCCCGGUCCAUACACAGAGUUCACUUGUACAGACACAUGAUCCGCAUGCACACAUGCACAGUCCUGUACACACAAACAGUGCACCAGUACACACAAACAGCAAGGGAAACACAAAGAGUUCUGUACGAUUCCAAACCCCUGAACUCACACAGGCAAAUAGCUAUGUAAUGAAAUGUGACCAGCCUGCACAGAUGGAAAAGACCGUGCAAACACACAGCUCGAGUGCGCACUCUAAUUUACCUGUGCACACACACAGUUCACCGGUUCCCCCUCAUUCUCCGGUAUACACACAGAGCUCAUCUACAAAUACUCAUUCUCCUGGGCACAUGCAGGGGUCAUCUUUUCACCCUCAUACCCCUGGGCACACACUAAACUCCACUAUUCAUGCUUGUUCUUCUGUUCAUGGGCAGAGUUCAUCUGCUCAUUCUUUGGAAACCCUGCAGAGCUCACCUGUGCACAAUCAGGUUCAGGUGCACAAACAGAGCUUAAUAUCAAACUCCCACUUUCCUGGCCACAUGAAACCAGCGCAAACUAACUCUUCUGGGAAUACACACAAUCAGUCUCCUGUGCACGUGCAGAGUUCACAAGUGAGCCCUGCGUCUCCUGGGCACGCGCAGAGUUCACAGGUGAGCCCUGCGUCUCCUGGGCACGCGCAGAGUUCACAAGUGAGCCCUGCGUCUCCUGGGCACGCACAGAGUUCACAAGUGAGCCCUCAGUCUCCUGGGCAUGUACAGAGUUCACACGUGAGCCCUCAGUCUCCUGGGCACACGCAGAGUUCACAAGUGAGCCCUCAGUCUCCCGGGCACACGCAGCGUUCACACGUGAGCCCUCAGUCUCCUGGGCACACGCAGAGUUCACAAGUGAGCCCUGCAUCUCCUGGGCACGCACAGAGUUCACAAGUGAGCCCUCAGUCUCCUGGGCACGUGCAGAGUUCACUAGUAAGCCCUCAGUCUCCCGGGCACGUGCACAGUUCACAAGUGAGCCCUCAGUCUCCCGGGCACGUGCAGAGUUCACAGGUAAGCCCUCAGUUUCCUGCGAACACACAGAGUUCACCAGCACAAACUCACUCACCAGGACACAUGCAGAGUUCACCAGUAAACCCUCACUCUCCUGAGGACGUGCAAAUUGCCGCUGCCCAAACACCAACACAAAGUCCUAUGUGUACAGACACUUUACACGACAAACUAAGCACUGUACACACAAGUAAACUUGUGCAGAAAGACAGCACUUCACAAACAACUAUCACUGUGCGCACACAGAUGUCUUCUGGAUCUUCACAUAAUUCAGGACUUAAAGUGGGUCCUAGUGGGCAAAUGCAUAACACCGUCCGCACACAGAGUGUUUCUAUGCAAACGUUCAGAAAUCCUGGUAAUCAGGAUCCCUCUGUGCAAAUCAAUAAGCCUAUGGAUGCGAGUAACCAACAAGGACAGACAUCAAAUGCCCCUGGAACCGACAGACCUGGGCUAUCAGUGUCUUGCGAGGAUGUUCCUAUUAAACAUUUGGAAGAGAAGGCAGUCAUGGCGCUUGCCACAAUACCCUCCAAUGUAAUUAAAGUUGCUCCUCAAUUUUCAGCCAAUCCUCGGACUAAGUCAUUGGAGGCCAUCAGGGGUCAAUUUUCGUUUGGUCCAAUUAUUACUUCAAAUGAAGAAAUUUCCUCAGACAUUGGGGGGUCAUACCCUUCGCUCCUCCACCCUGAUCCUAAAAACUCAAUUACUGCACCAAAGAGAAGUCUAACUGUUUCUCUGCCCAUGAGCCAUGGAACCACCUGCGGCGGUGAAGCUACAACCAGCCCGCCACUCACGCCAAUGGGAAGUCGGUGUGACCUUCUGCCUCCAUCCCCAACUCCUUCCUUUCCUAUCAGCACGGCCUAUUACACAGGAAGCCCUUGUCCUCCAAGUAGGAUGGAGCAGCCGCCAAGUCUGCCCGAAAAAGCCCAUGCUGCAACUGGAAGAGGGAAGACAGAGAAUGUAGACAGCCGUAAUGGGCAUCCUGCAAGAAAGAUAUCUGCACCAUCCACAGAAGUGCUGCAAGACGCUCCAUUGACUGUCAGUUUUGUACAAGACACCUCCAGGUUUUGGUAUAAGCCGAACAUCUCGAGGGAACAAGCCAUUACCCUUUUAAGAGGGGCAGAACCGGGCUGCUUCUUGAUCCGAGACAGUAACUCCUUCCGCGGGGCAUAUGGUUUGGCUCUAAAGGUAUCGAGCCCACCUCCGAACGCAGUGACGCAGCCAUGCAAAGAUCCUGUAGAGCAGCUGAUUCGUCACUUUCUCAUCGAGACGGGGCCAAAAGGAGUGAAAAUCAAAGGCUCUCCCAUUGAACCCUACUUUGGAAGCCUGUCUGCGCUGGUGUCUCAGCACUCAGUCACUCCUCUCUCUUUGCCGUGCAGGCUGCGGGUCCCUUGUCGAGAUCUGGCUGAGCAAAAUUCAGAGGUCUUGGCCCCAACCAAUAUGAGCACAGCCGCUGACUUACUGAGACAGGGGGCAGCCUGCAGUGUGCUCUUUCUUGGUUCUGUGGACACGGAGUCGCUUACGGGCCCCCAGGCCAUUUCAAAGGCCUCUACUGCCAUCCUGACUCCCCCAAGAUCCAGCGCAACAACUGUUCAUUUUAAGGUUUCUGAGCAAGGCAUUACUCUGACGGACAGCCAGCGCAAAUUGUUCUUUAGACGACAUUAUCCUGUUUCAAGUGUUACGUUCUGCAGUGCAGACCCACAGGAUCGCAGGUGGACCAAUCCAGACAGGACAACGUCGAAGGUCUUCGGCUUUGUGGCUCGGAAACCCGGCACUGCGGCAGAGAAUGUGUGCCACCUGUUUGCAGAGCUUGACCCAGAACAACCUGCAUCGGCCAUUGUAAACUUUGUCACCAAAGUUAUGUUGGGCACGCAGAAGAGAUAAAAUGCACAUUGGUAGGGAGAAUGGUCUGAGAAAGUUGGUGGAAGCCAAAAAUGUGUAUGUGACGGGUGUUGUGAUUCUAAUACUUAGUUUGAAGAGUAUGUGAGUUUGAAUGUUACUGCCGGAUCAUGAAGGUCUUAUUAACGUGGAAAUGAAAUGUCAAACGUCUUCUAAUGAAUUAUAUAUAGAGAGCAUUUGUAUCUCUAUUGAAGUAAUAAAAUAAUUUGUAAUUACA